AUGUCCGACCAACAAUCCAGUUUACCCGCCCGUAACCAGGGACCUAUAGUUCGCAAUCCUGCCACAGGAUGUACCGCCCAACUAGGCACUGAACUGAUACCUACUGGCUUUGAGCAUACAGAGUGGUGCGGAUGUUUGAUACCUAGAACAGAUGAACAAUGGAAGUCCCUAUCCGAUAGUGUCAAACGUGCUAUCGAGGAAAAAAUAGUGGAUCAAGAUAAAGCUAGUAUAGCCUUCGCCGAGCUUCUCUUGGGCGUGGGGCUUCUCUCGGAUCUGGGGGCUUCUCUUGGGCAUGAGGGUCGCUAG